UCCUUCAAGUCAGUCUCUCCUUCCAGCACCCCUCUAUAUUAUAUCAGGAACUGCACCUCAGAGACAAGCCAGGAUCCCUUCAGAACAGAUCCCUUUCCUUUUUUGGGCCAGUGCUUUAGAUCUUUUGAAGCUCUGCUGGCUGAUCUGACCCGAACUCUGUCUGACAAUGUGAAUCUGCCCCAGGGAGUGAGAACAAUCUACACAAUCGAUGGCUCUAAAAAGAUUUCCUCCUUGGACCAGCUAGUAGAAGGGGAAAGCUAUGUAUGUGGUUCAAUAGAGCCCUUCAAGAAGCUGGAGUACAUGAAGAAUGUAAACCCAAACUGGUCAGUGAAUGUUAAGACAACUUCUACUUCUCAUUCAGUGCUGUCUCUUGCCACUGCUAAAGGAGGUACUCCAGAUACAAAAGAAAAUAAGGAUUUCAUUAGGCCUAAAUUAGUCACUAUCAUCAGAAGUGGAGUGAAACCACGGAAGGCAGGUCGGAUUCUGCUUAACAAGAAGACAUCACAUUCAUUUGAACAGGUUCUUACUAAUAUAACUGAUGCCAUCAAGCUCGAUUCAGGAGUCGUUAAGCGCUUGUAUACACUAGAUGGAAAACAGGUGAUGUGCCUUCAGGAUUUCUUUUCCCUUUUUCCCUUUCCUUUUUUGGGCCAUCAGCCCUGUGCGACAGCUGCCCCCCCCCCCCGUCACAGGCGCAGGUAGAUUUUCGCUUAACCCGUGACA